AUGAAGCAUUGUCAACCAGUCUGUCAUGCGAUGAUGAAACAAGUUCGUCUGUACUGCAGUCAAGUGACCAGGAUGCCGAAGAGCUUUCUGCGUUUCGCCUUGGGCGCAAAUUCUCUACCAUGUCCCGAAAGAGUGACGGCAAGGCACCGCAAAACGCAUUAUCGUUUUCGGACUACAUCCACUACGCAGCACCGAAAGGCGAAGUUCACAAAAGUACGGUCCGUUUUUCCGGCAGCAGCUAUCACAUUAGGACGUAACGCCUUUGAUCGAUAUGGUGACAUGAUCUCGGACUUUGAGUUAAUUUCUGCUAGCGGUGAUCGUAUUCCCGUAUGCUUAGCCAUAUUAGUUGAUCGCUGGGGAGCGUAUUUUAUCCGUUUACUUUCGAGAGCGUAUGUUCAGGCCAUAGACCAUUUUGAGAAUGAACAGGUCCGAAGCCCAAGUGUGCAAGGUUUGCGGUCGUCGAAAAGCAGCGGAACGAGCAGUAUCGUGUCCAAAGGAAAAUCAGGCAGCAAUGCUUCCGACGACACUCUGCCCGAAAAGACGGAGAAUACACACCUUACCAUGCAGAUACCCAAGCCGACCCAAAAGGAAACGCCGCAUUUUCGGCUUCCUUUCCAAGACUCUGGCUCUAUCUCACCACAACAUUCCCGUGAGAGCUCUGUGCCUUUAGUGUCAGUGGACCCACACCGGAAGAACUCUGUGACGCUGAUCACAUCCGAACCAUCGUUGUUGACCUCGCACUUCCUGGAUAUCCCACCACAGCUACCUGUGCCCAAUGAACCUACUCCGCCAGUUCCGGCCACGCCUGCGUCAUACCGUACGUCGUCUAGGAAAAACUCUUCUGAUGCUCACUCACCACGGACUUCUUUGAUACACACAUUGACAGCUCUUCGCAACAUACCUUCGAAUGCUAACAAGUCGCCGCGUGCUUCGCCGUUCGCUUCACCGCGUGGUCUGAUGUCUCACGAACCACAUUCAUUUCCUGAGCCUCUUACACGGCGACAGAGCGACCCAUUGGAUCCAAACGGAGAACUGUUGCCCAAGGAUGACACUCAGACGCAUCCUGCCCAGGAGAAGUUGAGCCCACAAAAGAGUACCGACAAGCAAAAUAGUAUGGAUCUGCAGAAUGAUAAUGAUCCAUAUGGAAAUACCAACCCUCCAGGAUCGCUGAAAACCACACAUGCUUUGCUCAACUUCGAACACAUUGAUCCGGCCACGUUUCAGAUGGAACCGUCGUUGAUACCUCGGAAAAUGUAUGUUCCAUUUGGUACCGAGUCGCUUAAAGCGUUUGCUGAGUACUUAUACACGGGUCAGGUUGGUAAUCGAUGGGCACUUCAUCCAUGUGCGCUCGACUGUUUGCUUAUGGCCCGCUUCUUUGAAAUUCCCCACCUUUACGAUCUACUCUGCGAAGUGCUCUACGGCAUCAUUGGUCGUAAAGAAGCACAUCUCGUGCGGCAGGGCCGCCGAUUCAAGGAAAGGUAUACGGAGUUGGCAAAACAAGGUGUUGUCCCAGAAAGAACCAGCUUCCCAAUGGAUGCGUACGAAGGUUUGAUGAAUACCGUGGAUGAUGGAUAUUUGGACAUCGCGCUUCUUCGUAAGUCAUCUAGUCUUUAUGUACGGUCUGAUGACGACGAAAGAAAAGUGAACUCGGAGAAACGCGUGGAUGAUUGCGCAGAGGAAAGCCAUGAGUUUGGAAAACCCGAGUCUGAGAAGCCUGCCACGGACGCAAGCAACAAGGACGCUGCUGUGAAGGCAGAUCCUGCUAGCCCUGACAGCCCUCUCCAUAAAGAGAGCCCGCUUAACAGCGAUAAUGAAUGGGGCUUUCUGACACCACUCUCGGAAUUCCGUGAACGCCGCUCUGGCCCAAGAGUGCGCUCUGUAUUCGACCGUGUGAACUCUGCUCCUCUUUCCGAUUACUACGAUGAUGACGACAAGGAAGGUUCGGCUUACACUACUAUUGAGCAGUUGGUUUCUGCUAGCGCGCCAGCUCCCAGCAGUCUGGUCAUUGACAUGAUAUACGAGUCUGCAUCGCUUUGUCUGGAUAUGAAGUUGAUGUUACGUGCCUUAAAUACUCGUUUCAUGCAGCAAGCGCUUGAACGUACGGAGGAAGAAUUCAAACAGCAAGAAACUCCUCUGGCAAACACCCUGGAGCAGGCCUCUUCUCCUGAAGGCCACGCCACACCACGACUUUCAGUAGCAUCGACCAUUGUGCUUUCUGGGCCUAGUACUCCAAUCGAUCCACCUAGGGCGAUGCUGCAGACGCUGGGUGGGCUAGGUUCGGUUCGUUCAGGAUCUGUGGAGGCACGGAGUGCGUCGCAGCCUGAAAUCAGCCGCAGUCCGCUGGCGUUCAAACUUACACCGCACAAGAAAUCAGAGGUGGAAAGUAACAAGGAUGUGGAUCGCCGGAUAGCGCAGAUGAUCAAGCUCGACGAGAAAAUCAAGCAGAAGUUGGCCAAGCGUGAAAGAGCGCAGCUGAAGAAGAGACCAGACGACGAUGUGCUUCUGCUCCAGGGUGAUUCAUCGCGGCCUGGUCUUUUGCGCAAAUUCACUCGUACAAAGCAGUCAGCAGACAUGGAGAUGUCGAGGUCUGUUGGGCUUUCGCGUACGGAGCUGAGCACAAGCUUGACACUGGGCCUGAGCCGUACUUCGAAAAAGGGUUUUUUCGGGCUCCGGAAAAAGGGCCGCAACUAA